AUGUCAUUGAGUCCUCGGCCGUCACACUUUUCCCACCACUCCCACUCGACACCGUUCUCGGUAACUGACAUUUUGCAUCCUUCUUCUACAUCAUCAGCCCUGGAUCCCGACUUCAAGAAGACAGUGGAGGCGGGGAUACCUCCUUUGGGGAGUUACCGAUCCCCCCAGCAUCAAACCAUGGGGUCUAUGGGAAUGGGAACCAUGGGAGUUCCUGUGACCAACCCGUACGCUAACUACGUGCCACAGUUUUCUCACCACACUUCAACGUUUCCUGGCCAGUACUGCAAUGGAGGGGAUUUCUCUGCCUAUGCUGACCCAACCGGAAGACAUAGCACGGCUGGGUGGUACGGAAGCGCUGCCGACAGUCGGUUUAGUC